AUGAAGGAGGACAUGUCCGAGUACUUGGAAGAGCGUCGCCUCAAGGAUUUGGUCAAGAAGCACUCUGAAUUCAUUGGAUUCCCCAUCAAGCUUUACACUGAAAAGACCACCGAAAAGGAGGUCACCGACGAUGAUGACGACGAAGAGGAAGAGGGCGAUGACGACAAGCCCAAGGUCGAAGAGGUUGAUGAUGAGGAAGAAGCCAAGAAGGAAAAGAGACCAAAAGAUCAAGGAAGUCUCUCACGAAUGGGAGCAUCUCAACAACAUGAAGCCGAUUUGGAUGCGAAAGCCCGAUGA